AAGACGAUCAGGCCUGAUCCGCCUGGCUUUCCUACCCUGACAGCCGCCAUUUCGGAGCUUAGUUCCCGGCCCGCCUUUAGGGACAUCGCGCCUCCAGACCCGGGAGAGCCUGGGCCCCCGGCGCAGCCUGGUAUCACUGGCUUCGAGGAACCGAGUGACGUCAUACGCGGAGACUUCCGGUUCCCGCUCUGAAGCCUCCAUUCCUAUCUAGAGAUCAAACUCCAUGAAACCAUUGCAUUUGUGCCUUAUCAUACAUGGGGAAAGCAAAAGAAAAUGAGAAUGCACUCAGCUAGCUGGUGCUGCCUGAGCCUCUAGUCAUCAUGGGUAUUCGAGGACUAAUGAGUUUUGUGGAAGAUCAUAGUAAUGAGUUCUUCACUGAUUUGAAGUUGCGAGACACAAAAAUUGUCAUUGAUGGCUAUGCUCUCUUCCAUCGGCUCUGCUUCAACUCAAACUUGGAACUUCGGUAUGGAGGGGACUAUGAUUCUUUUGCAGAUGUUGCACAAAAAUUCUUUGAAUCACUGUUUGCUUGUAAUAUCUGUCCCUAUGUUGUAUUAGAUGGAGGAUGUGACAUUUCCGAUAAAAAGCUUAAAACUUUAAAGGAUCGAGCAAGAGAAAAGAUCCAGAUGGCUCAUUCCCUUUCUGUUGGUGGGGGUGGGUAUGUGUGUCCUUUACUCAUCCGAGAAGUGUUCAUACAGGUUUUGAUCAAGCUUCAGGUGUGUUUUGUCCAGUGCUUUUCAGAAGCAGAUCGGGACAUUAUGACACUGGCUAAUCAUUGGAAUUGCCCUGUGUUAUCAUCAGAUAGUGACUUUUGCAUCUUUGACCUAAAAACUGGGUUUUGCCCAUUGAAUAGCUUUCAGUGGAGAAAUGUGAACACUAUCAAAGGCACACAAGACUGCUAUAUCCCUGCCAAGUGCUUUUCCCUUGAUGCACUCUGCCAUCACUUCAGCAAUAUGAAUAAAGCUCUACUACCUCUCUUUGCGGUGCUAUGUGGAAAUGAUCAUAUUAAUCUGCCCAUCAUAGAAACAUUCUUAAGUAAAGUACAUCUUCCUCUUGGAGCUACCAGUUCUAAGGGGAGGAGACACCACCGAGUUUUGGGACUUCUGAAUUGGUUAUCUCAUUUUGCCGACCCUACUGAAGCACUCGAUAAUGUUCUGAAAUAUCUCCCAAAAAAGGAUCGUGAAAAUGUUAAGGAAAUUCUCUGCUGUUCCAUGGAAGAAUACCAGCAAUCUCAGGUGAAGCUGCAGGACUUUUUCCAGCAUGGUACUUAUGCCUGCCCAGCCGCCCUGAAUCUGGACUUACCAGAGUGGGUAUUAGUGGCUUUGGCCAAAGGCCAGCUUUCUCCUUUCAUCAGCGAUGCUUUGGUGCUAAGAAGGACCAUUCUUCACACACAGGUGGAAAAUAUGCAGCAACCAAAUGCCCACAGAGUAUCUCUGCCCAUUCGGCAGAUCAUCUAUGGGCUUCUUUUGAAUGCCUCUCCACAUCUGGAAAAUAUGUCCUGGAAGGCAUUGCCUUCUCAGCCUCUAGCUUUCAGCGAAGUGGAAAGGAUUAAUAAAAAUAUCAAAACAUCGAUUGUUAAUGCAGUAGCACUGCCCAAGGAUCAUGCGGACUUAAGCAAAUUGACUGAGCUCUCCUUGGCCAAACGGCAGAUACUUCUGUUUGACACCCUGAAGGUGAAACAGACCAUCCUGGAACCAAUUCCUUCUUCACUGAAGCUGCCCAUUUCUGUCAGUUGCUACUGGUUGCAGCACACAGAGUCCAAGGCAAAACUGCAUCACCUCCAGGCCUUACUGCUAGGGAUGCUGAUGGGGCCCUUGCAUGCCAUAAUAACCAGCCCUGGAAUUGUGGACCCUGCACCCAGGCAGGCUCAGUGCCUUGCUGCUCGCUAAUUCGUAAAAGAUAAGGAAGAGCUGCGGGAGGUUGGUGCUAGGAUGUUGUAUGAAGAGUUCCAGAGAGUGAAGGAGCAGACACGGCCGGGCACGAGACUGGACUUAGACACAGCUCACAUCUUCUGUCAGUGGCAGUGCUGUCUGCAGAU